UGUGGCACCCGCCAUGGCCGGUGCAGGAGGACAAUUUUAUAUUAUCAUCAGUGCCAUGGCGCAGCUCCUGGUAGCCAUCAUGGCGCAACGGUCCGGCACGUUUAUCAACAAGCAGACCUCGCCGAGUCCAGCAGCAGCAAUAUCGAGGACGAUUUCCGUUAAUCACAGCGGGCGUGGUGACUUCAAGCAUAUUCAACAAGCAAUAGAUUCCAUUCCGGAUGGUAAUUCUGAGUGGAUCCGUAUCCACGUUGCAGCGGGGACGUACAGGGAGAAGGUGCACAUAAAAUCAAACAAGCCGUUUAUAGUUCUAGAAGGGGAGGGCCGAGAUCGGACGGCCAUGGAAUGGCCGGAUCACUAUUAUCGGAGUUUCAACAGAGUGCCUACUUUCGAAUCAGCGACGUUUCGGUGCGACGCCUCCGAUUUCCAGGCACGGAAUAUAACGUUCAAGAACACUUAUACAAUUGAUAACAACACGGUGCCAGCCGUGGCUGCUCAAGUGUCAGGAGAUCGCUCCGCGUUCUACAACUGUGGAUUCGUGGGGGUCCAGGACACGCUGAAUGACCAGCAAGGUCGCCAUUACUACGAGAAUUGCUACGUCUCCAGUGAUGGAUGGCUAGGGGCGCAGCCGCACUAGAUACGUACUAUUUAUUAUUUACGAGAAAAUAGCUACGCUGCUCUUGGCAUGUACGUACCUACUCUAGAUUGUGAGAAACACACUUGUAUGUGCCACUAUACGAUAGCAUCAAGCAAACUAUACUCUACAUCCGGUGGCGUGGCAGGUUCUCUAUAUAUCUACUCCCUGCGUAAAAAUAUAUAAGAGCAUUUAGAUCACUAAAAAGGUGAUCUAAA